CAGACGCACGGACUCAUCCCGCUUGCAGGACUUGGAGGAGGACUCUCGUUCCCGUUCUGCUUUCACCGAGCUCUGAUCCCGGGUCUUUGUCUCCCGGCGGCGAGAAGACCACCCGCACGGGAGCAAAAGAGAGUAAUAACCACUUUCUGCGUUUUGUAUUGACUGAGAAACUGAGAAUCGGGACUGGACACUUCUUUUUUGAGGGGAUUGUAUUUCUCGCAUCUGUUCUUGGAGCGCACACGUCUUUUUUCUCUCCAAUGGAUUGUAAUACACUGGAAGUACCCUGGGAAUUAAAGUACUGUUAAGUCGCUUUUUGAUCGCCAAUUUUGUUCCAAUAAGGGUUUGAGUUUCACAUGGAGAGGAAGACGAUGAUCCUCCCGGUGCUGUACGUCCUUCUGCCUCUUUUGGAUGUGUGGUGUUUGGCGGAGGAGAGCCUGCGGUCCGGCCGGCUGGACUGUGUGCGGGCCAGCGAGCACUGCCUGAAGGAGCAGGUGUGCAGCACCAAGUACCGGACCAUGAGGCAGUGCGUGGCCGGAGGAAAGGAGAGUAACUUCAGCAUGGUGGCCGGCCUGGAGGCCAAGGACGAGUGCCGGAGCGCCAUGGACGCCAUCAAACAGAGCCCUCUGUACCACUGCCGCUGUAAACGGGGCAUGAAGAAGGAGAAGAACUGCCUGCGCAUCUACUGGGGGAUCUAUCAGACAUUACAAGGUAAUGACUUCUUGGAGGAUUCUCCGUAUGAACCCGUGAACAGUCGUCUAUCUGACAUCUUCCGCCUGGCUCCCAUCAUAG